UUGAGAUGACUGGAAUGCUGAGCCCUUCACGAGUAAAUACCUAUCUCGAGAAAUAUCACAACCAUUUACAAUGAGACAAAAACCAGUAUAUUCAUGACACUCUGGAUCCUUCGACGAAUCUCAGGCUUCUAACAUGUUAAACCAAACGAAUUUCGAUGGCUUGGCGAGUUUCGCCGAAAUUCUUCCGUGCGGAUCACAGGGCCGAUGGACCACGUCAGAUCCACGUCCCUCUUUCCCCGCUCUGGAGAUUGUCCGUGCUCUCUGGGCUUAUGAUUACGACCAUAUAAGAGUUUCAUAACCGCUCGCGUCUUGAACUUUGUUACCAGCUUCAUCAUGUCAUCGAUCGCGCAGGCCUCUGCAAUCGAGCUGCACACGAUCCCCUCGCAGACGGCCGAGGGGAACCUCAAGACGAUCAAUCACAGUGUGGGUAUGGAGGAGGUGCACAAGCAGGCGGAUAGUGCUCCGGAGAGAGCGGAAAGCACUCCCCGGUCUAAAGAGCAUGUACUGCGUGAGCGCAUCCAGUUGUUCGCCCUGUAUUGGUGUAUGGUAGCCGCUGGGUGGAACGAUGGCUCCUCUGGGCCUUUAAUUCCGCGAAUUCAGCAAGUGUACCAUGUUGGCUUCGCCGUCGUUUCCUUGAUUUUCGUUUGCGCCUGUGUUGGCUUUGUGGGAGGUGCACUGGUCAAUGUACCUAUGACUGACCGCUUAGGGUUUGGCAAGAUGAUCGCCCUUGGCUCCGUCUUCCAGGUCGUCGCAUAUGCGAUCCAGUCCGCUGCACCACCCUUCCCCGCGUUCCUGAUCUCCUUUCCUAUCAAUGGAAUAGGGAUGGCGAUCCAGGACGCCCAAGCCAAUGGCUACAUCGCGAGCUUGACGAACAGCCCCGAAAUCAAAAUGGGUUUACUCCACGGCGCGUAUGGGGCUGGCGCGCUGGCGUCUCCGCUAGUGGCGACGCAGUUCGCCCACCUUCAGCACUGGUCGUUCCACUAUCUCUGCUCGCUCGGCAUUGCGGUCAUCAACACCAUCUUGCUCGUCUGCGUCUUCCGGUUCAAGUCUCAAGACGAAUGUCUUGCGUCAGUGGGCGAGGCCGCAGGCGAAUCGGGCACCAGCGAGCACAGCACGUUCCGGCAAAUCAUGACGAUGAAAACAGUGCACCUGAUCGCGGCCUUUAUCCUUAUAUAUGUCGGCGUGGAGGUCACCAUCGGCGGGUGGAUUGUCACGUACAUCAUCGAGGUCAGAGGGGGAGGCAGGUCUUCGGGUUACGUCUCCGCCGGGUUCUUCGGUGGUCUGAUGCUUGGCCGGAUUGGGCUGUUGUGGUUGAAUCAAAAGGUGGGAGAAAGACGGGUCAUCUUCAUCUACUCCAUUCUCGCCGUCGCACUUGAGCUAGUCGUAUGGCUUGUGCCAUCUCUGAUCGGCGACGCCGUCGCAGUCUCUAUUGUUGGAGUCCUCCUGGGACCCAUCUAUCCCCUGACUAUGAACCACACCGGGCGCGUCCUCCCUGGAUGGCUUCUCACCGGUUCCAUCGGCUACAUUGCCGGGUUGGGUCAGGCGGGUAGUGCUAUCUUCCCCUUCAUGACUGGAGCGAUCUCCUCCCGAGCAGGCAUCAAGGCCUUGCAGCCAGUGUUGAUUUCGAUGAUGGUUGUAAUGAUCAUCCUUUGGGCCUUGAUUUCUCGGCCGUCCCGAAAGAUAGACUAGAUCAUAUUAGUCUACGGAGUGCUGCUUAACCUUCCUGUCGAUUUUUCUCACAAUGGACAUCGUUGCUAUCUCGGAUUCGGAAGGGAGCUGUAGAGACGUGCAAGUAGUGCAAGGCAGUGUGUAUAUGACGUCACGCGCCGAGAAAAUCACGUGCGUUAAUUCAGUCGCUGGCUUUCACUGCCUCGCUUCUACUCAAACGCUCUUCAUAUCACAAGCAGUCUGGACGAACCUAGUACUUUCCAUCUACCAUCAUCGACAUCAACUGGUGAAGCGGCCGAUAUCUGUGCAUACAUUCACCUUCGACGUCACACAGCCCUCUGUAGUCGAGCAUAAGAACUGCGCAGUAUUCUCGAACACUCGCACUCACUAACAACAACAACAUCAUCCCUGCGAUCCACAAGAUGCCAUCGAGGGUCACCUGGCUCUUCCUCCUGGUCCUGUUCUUCGUAUGCCUUUCUGGGAGUAGCGUAUAUGCGUUCGGUGCGGGAAACAUUCCCUCCUUUGCAUACAUGGAAGGACGGGCGUUCCGGCACGGUGAUAUUGAGGACGCGCUUGCGGAGCUGGUCAAACGGGGCAGCGGCGGCGGGUUCGCACUGGCGAACAUACUUUCCAAGGGAUCGAAAUUUGGUGGCUUGGAUGUCAAGAGAGUGUAUUUUGGGAACUGGCUCCGAGAUUACAGUCAAGCAGUCGACAUUGCAACUUUGAAGAAAGUGCAGCUGCAGACGAUCCUGAAUCUGUGCAUGGUCCUCGGCUUCCUGGCCCACGGAUACGCAACCGCGGAAUUCGAAGUCACCGCGGAGCGUCUUGGUGUUUAUCUUCCUACGGAACACAUUGACAAUCCCAAAGGAUAUGGCGCUGGGGAAGACCCACGUCGGUAUCACCCACAGUUGAGAGGUCCCGUUGAGCCCAUCGAAUUGGAAAUUGAUCCUCGCACCGGAAUGAAAAAUUACAUCGCCAAUGAAAACGGACAUUGGGACACAUCCAAGGCCCUCGUCCGGCGUACGCUGGAUCGAUGCAUUCAUUUGGGCCGCCAGCAUCGUGCUCAGGGGCGCAGUGAAGAUGAGUACGAGGCGUAUCGAUUGUUGGGACAGUUGCUGCAUACGCUGGAAGAUUUCCCAGCCCACUCCAACUUUUGCGAGCUGUCGUUGGUCGCGAUGGGUCAUCAAGAGGUCUUCACGCAGGUCGGCGACCAGGCGCGCAUCCAAGCGCCGAACGGUCAUUGGGUUGCGCCGUUGGUCACCGGAACUUUUGGUGGUAGCGAUUUCACGCAUUCGCUUCUGGGCGAGGCGACGGACCAUCUCAGCCAAGCGUCCGUCUCGGACCUGAACAAGGAACUGGAUAAGGCACGGUCGUCUGCGAGAUCGGGCAAUCAAUCGUCAGUCCUGCGUGAUAUGUUGUUCAACAUUCCCGGUGGGGCGGGUGGUGAGAUGUCUCGCGAGAUGGAGGGAAUUGAGCGGAUCCGUGCCGGACCAAGCCAGGGUGGAAAGCGGCCGGAGGAUAUGAGCCCCCAAGAGCUGCACGCUGUAUUGUGGCAGGUGUUGAGCUUCCGGGACUCCGUGAUGAAGAAGAUCAGCAUGACAAUCGAAAAGAUUCCUGGACUGAACGCGUUGGUGGAGAAGAUAUCGGAUUCGAUCGGUGUCUUUGUGUUCACGACUUUGGAACCUUUCCUGAACCCGAUUUUGAAGACGUCUACGACUGCGCUGGCUGGAGUCUCGGGCGAGGUCAUCAACAAUGCGGAGCAGUUUGAGGUGUUUGAUAACCCGCACUCAUCCGAUCCGACCCAUUCCUUCCUGAGCAAGGAUCAUUUUAACCUGAUUCUCAAUGAACCUGCUGGGCAUCUGGCGCGAAUUAUCCUCAUCCACACGGUGACGCUCGUGAUCAAAGCAUGGGACGACAAUUCUGUGAACGUGCACCAGUUGCAAGAGGAUGUGCUGUCUUGCAUGUUCCACCCAGAUUUCCACAACCCACACUCGCAGAUCCAGCGUGAGAUGAUGCAGUACAUGCGGACAUGGGCAGACGGACUAGGACACCGGAAACAAGACAUCAUGCAUCGCCUGACCAAGAAUGCUGUGCGGAACCAUGAGAAUAUCCGGCAUGCUGGCGAAGGCGGAGCUUCUGCCGCACAGGGAACAUUUGCUUCCAAUCAGGCUCACCAGGUGCAGAGCGAUAUCAUGGGAUACGCACAAAACAUUCCGGGCGUGGCUCAAGCACAGCAUAUAUUCGGUGGGCAGGGCAUAGGCCGGGAGAUUCCGGGACAACCUCAACAACCCCAAUAUCACCAGCAGCAGCAAUAUCAGCAACCAGAGCAGCCCUAUCACCCGCAGCAACAUCAACACCAACAACAACAUCAUGGCCACUACAACGCACCUGGUGGACCACCUCCGCCCCAGAACGCCUACCCUCGUCACGACUCUUACAGUGCAACAAGCAUGCCCCCGCCGCCGUCCUCAGGCUAUGCACCCAGCUAUGCACCGUCGUACUCGCCUCCGGCCGGUCCCCCAUCAUUCCCGAACUCCAGGCCGGGAUUCCCAGAGUAUGGCGGCGCACCCUCGUUUCCGUCGUCCGCACCGCAAUUUCCCGGUGCGGCGCCGGGAUUCCCAGGCGCUGACACCUAUGAGUCCGGGACGCCGUCGUUCCCCAGUGCUCAGGGCGGCUACCACGCGCCGCAAGGCCCACCGCCCGGUUGGUGAUGUAAUAAAGUCAAUAGUGUGCCCUUCCCGAACUUCCUGGUACAUCGAGUAUCUAUCGUUAGGAUAUUUGUACUACAGGGAAUAUACACGCAUGUACCGAUCUGCGCUCACUCCUCGUCUUCGUCGUCCUCCUCGAUCACUGUGUUGGACAUCCGACCCAGCAUGAUUCCGUAUUCGCAGGCAUCGAGGUCAUGCUCCAGAUCAUUUUCCUCCACCUCGCCAUUCGACACAAACUCGCCGCGUGUAACGCCUCGGAGAUAGCCGACCUCUCGUCGCAGACUCGCAAUCUCGUCGUCGCGCCGUUGCACGCGACCGCUCAGCGUGCGAAUAUAGUCGUUCCCACAGAUCAGCAGCUGCAGUUUGCUCACGCCUUUAUUUGGACCCUCUGCUCCGGCUUUUGGCGGGCCUCGUGGUGGGAGUGCACCGGGUAGCACCGGUUCGUCAGCGACAUCCGACGGAAGCGCGAUGGGCGGCAGCAGUGUCCGCAGCUCGUCAAACGUCGUCUUCAAUGAGUCCCUUCGUUUUUGUUCGGCCGCUUUGUGCGACGUUUUGCGCGGAGGCAUUCCUGUCAUUUGCCGUGAGACCGGACCCCCCAAUGUCGAUGUCCCGGGCAGCGCAUUCUUGGGUGAUGACGCCGUGACAGGUGACUUCUUCGACUUGCCGCCCAGAUUGCUCGCGACGCCCAAUCGACCGAGGUUCAUGAUGCUCGCUGGCGUGACCGGUGUCAGCUGUGGCCUCAACGCUGGCGACGAUUGUGUGGACGUUGACGCCUGCUGUUGCACGAACGCGAUCGAAUCUGGCGGAGCGGGAGGCGGCAUUGACAGAUCGACCGGCGAGGGUGUGUCUCCUGGCAUCGAGAUGCUCUCCUUCCGAGUCCGGGUAGAUCGUAGUAGCGGAGUGGAGCUCGCCGAUUUCGACCGAGACCCUUUCUUGGGAAUGGGGAUGGUGGCGCGGAUGGCCGGCGACUGCUUCUUGCGUGACGGCCGAUCACUGCUCUUUCCGGCACCUUCGUCGUCGCUGCUUGAUGUCGCUCGUCGUUUGAUGCCUUGCGGCGCUUCGUGCCUGACAGGGUGUUGAUGCGCCCCGAGCCA